AUGCCUCUCUGGCUCAUCUACCACCCCUCCGAGGUCUUUACCGACCCGGAGUCGAAGCGCGCUCUGGCAGCCGACAUUACCUCGAUCUACACGGCCGUCGGCCUUCCGCCGUUCUAUGUCGGUGUCAACUUCAUCCAAUUGCCAGCCAGCGACAUGUUCUCCGGAGGAGAGCCGCUGGCCGGCAAGACGCCCUUUGUCAGGAUUUCAGUUUCCCAUGUUGCUCGUCGGCUGCCCGAGGACGAGAAAGUCUACAGGAAUUUUACGGAUUCCCUUAACCGAAUGCUGAAGCCCCACCUCACGGACAAAGGAAUCGAUUGGGAGUUUUUCAUCGCCGAAACGGACCGUAAGCUCUGGAUGACCUCUGGCUUGUACCCACCGGAGUCUGGAUCAGAAGCCGAGAAGCUCUGGGUCGCCCAGAACAAGCCAGUCGCCUACGAGCAAUCCUGAAUAGAGGCAACAUGGCCAAAGUGUGAAGGCAAGGGGGGUUGGAUCUAGGCCAUGAAGUGAUUUGGAUUUGCGAUACUAGCUGUAGAAACCUAGGUAGUUCAGUUGAAGCAAAGUAAACGUGCAGUUGCUGACCUUGGA